UUGGCGUCUUUUCUCCCAUCCCUCGAACCACUGCCAAAUUGCAACACUUUCCAUUCCUUCUUACACUUCCAUAUAGAAUUGGGCAUAUAAAUAAAGUGGCGAGGUCACGUUAUCCAUCUCCGGAAAGAGGAAGAAAAAAGAUACACUGUGAGCAAAGGAGCGGAGAAAAGCUGUGAAAUAUCCCGGGGGGGAGGGUCAUGGCGUCCUCUAAGGUGAUAACGACAACGUCACAGACCAAUCCUGAUCUGCCACGUCAGCCAUCUCUAUGCCCUUCGCUCUCCACUCUCCUCGCCGAUCUUCAGAACCAACAAAACAAUCAAAACCAAUCCCAGAACGGCCUUGGUUCCAUGAACAUGGACGAUCUGUUGAAAAACAUCUGCUCCUCCCCACCUCCACCGCCACCUACUUCCGAUGCACACCCGCAGUUUGCCGGCGUGUCCAUCUCACGCGAAGGUAGUUUCUCGCUCCCGAAGGAUGUGGCGAACAAGUCCGUCGACGAGGUUUGGAAGGACAUCGUGGUCGGUGGCGACGAUCAGAGACAGGGGAAUCCACCGGUAGGUAUGACUUUGGAGGAUUUCUUGACGAAAGCUGGGGCGGUUAGGGAAGAGGAUGUCAGGGGAGUUGCUAAUCAGGUGGGAGUAGGUGCAGGGGUUUAUCCUGUUGACCCGGCCGUUAUCAACGGUGGUGGAAAUCAUUUUUCGGCUUUCGGAAACAGCGGUGGCGUUGAUCAUCAGAGGUUGGUGGCGGUGGCAGGUGGAGGCGCUAGAGGAAAGCGACGCGCCGUGGAGGCACCGCCUUUGGAUAAAGCGACUCAGCAGAAACAGAGGAGGAUGAUAAAAAACAGAGAAUCUGCAGCCAGAUCCAGAGAACGCAAACAGGCUUACACGGUUGAAUUGGAAUCUCUGGUGACACAAUUGGAAGAAGAAAAAGCCCGGUUGCUGAGAGAAGAGGCUGAGCUGAACAAGGCGAGGUUUAAGCAGCUGAUGGAGAACCUGGUCCCGGUUGUGGAGAAACGAAGACCACCUCGAGUUCUUCGGCGAGUUCAUUCUAUGCAAUGGUAAAUAUAGUAGUUCAUCUUCUUUUUUCUUUAAUGUAGAUGACAAGGAGAAACAAAAAGCUUUGAUAAAAGGAAGUGGUAGAACCAAUUAAAAGGAGUGGGGAAGUAGGAAGUUUGUUGAAGCAUUUGGGACUUUGUUUUUUGGCAUAGAAUCCCAUUACAGUUGAACUUAUAUACUUUUGGAUAUUUUGCUUAGAUAAUGUAAAUAAGAAACAAGUUCAUUUGUGUAAAGUAUCAUAUUCCCUCUAAUUCUGUCGGAUAGUAGGGCUGUGAACUGAUCCUCUAUACAAACAUGUGGUGGUGAACUUCAUAAGAAUAUUCGGGUGGAA